UGGCCCAAGUUAAAACCGGAGGAGAGAGUGCAAUAACAGACGACGGGACGAGAGGUUUCCAUGGGUAAUACAACGAUGUCUCUUUACCGCAACUCCGCUUGGUUUCUGAAAGGAAUGACUGAAUUCACCAGGAGUGCGUUCCUCUCUGCCGCCAAACACUUUGUGGAAAAGGACCUGGAGGUGUCCAUGGCAGGCAGGGUCUUCAUGAUCACCGGAGCCAACAGUGGCAUAGGGAGAGCUACAGCCAUGGCCAUCGCCAAGAGAGGUGGUACAGUCCACAUGGUGUGCAGGAACAAGGACAAAGCAGAGGAGGCCAGGGCUGACAUUGUCAAGGAGUCAGGAAAUAAAGAAAUAUAUGUCCACAUUCUGGACCUGUCGGAGACACGGAAGGUUUGGGAGUUUGCAGAGGCCUUCAAGAGGAAGUACAAAGCCUUGAAUGUACUGAUAAAUAAUGCAGGCUGCAUCAUGAGUGAGAGGGAUGUGAACGCUGAGGGGCUGGAGAAGAGCUUUGCCAGUAACGUCAUGGGUGUGUAUAUCCUGACCAAGGGCCUGAUUCCCUUACUGGAGAAGAGUGCAGAGCCAAGAGUGAUCACAGUUUCAUCUGGAGGGAUGCUGGUCCAGAAGCUGAGGACAGGGAACCUGCAGACAGAAAUAGGUCGCUAUGACGGGACCAUGGUCUACGCACAGCACAAGAGGCAACAGGUGGUGAUGACAGAGCAGUGGGCCAAGACCCAUAGCAACGUCCACUUCUCAGUGAUGCACCCUGGCUGGGUGGACACGCCGGCGGUGGCCAAUGCCAUGCCUGACUUCUACCAGUCUAUGAAGGACAGCCUGAGGACCCCGGAGCAGGGGGCUGACACCGCGGUGUGGUUGGCCAUCUCAGAGGCCACCGCCACCAAGCCCAGCGGAAGCUUCUUCCAGGAUCGGAGGAUGGUGUCGGCCCACCUGCCCCUGGCCUGGACCCACAGCUCCCAGUUGGAGCAGCAGAAGUUCAUGAGUGUGAUGGAGGAUCUGGCCAAGACCUUCCAGCCCCACUGAGACCACUACCACACACAAGUACCAUACCAGUACUACAGUACACACUGGAACCAGUGCCGUAUACUGGGAACCAGUUCAGCAUAGCUAACAGUCUACACAUACCUGUCAGGGAGGGGGUCCUACUAUAUUUGAUUUGCACUACUUUAACAGUUCAGAUAUUUAUUGACCUCUAACACGUUUUAAAUAUAUAACCUCUACAUGGCUUAAAACACUUAAUAUUCUAAGCUAAAAACUCCUGCACUGAGGGCUAAAACAGAACAGUGUUAGAUGAUGCUGAUUUGGGGUUCCCUGAAAAGAGUUCUUUACCUUGUAGCCUUUGAGCUGCUGAUAGGGAAAGCACUUUUCAGUUAUUUAUACAUUUAACCCAACAAACACAGUAUGUUGUUUUUCUACCACUUCAAGCAGUGACUCAAUGAAAGCUGUCAAUCAGAUGGGAAUCUGAUGUGACCAAAGUCACUCCCUUAUCCAUCCACCAAUCACAUCACAGCCUGUUGCUAUGGGCCCAGCCUAACACAGGGUUGGUUGGUUUGCUCUGCUUUGAAAAUGUUCAAACUCAUUUACCCAAGUGCUUCUUCAGUAUUACAACCUCAUGAAGUUGUCUGUUGAUCCAUGAAAAGUCUACAACGCUUGUGUACAUAACUGAUUAAAUGCAUUGGUGUGCAUUAACACAAUUACAUCAUUUACAUUUACAUUUAAGUCAUUUAGCAGACGCUCUUAUCCAGAGCGACUUACAAAUCAUCAGGAGGGCAAAACGACAGAGCAGGAUUCAUGAGUUAGCCAGCUAACUUUGAUUAACACCCAGAAACAUCAAUUAGAAGGUCAACUUAGAUAUGUGGUUUUGGUUGUUCAGUCAAUUACACCAUCCUCAUUUCAUGCUUAUCUACAAAAUUAUAAUAAUCUGAAUAUUUUGGCAAGUUAGCUGGUUAAAUCAUUGAUCUUGCAUUGUAAUAGACCCCUCUGGGUGGUUAUACUGAGCCCAGGCCUCUCACUAUCAGCAGGUAGAUGGAGCUUUUACCUAUUCAGACCAGAGAGGUUCCCACCGCUGUACCUGACAUGGCCAAUACAGCUAAGAUAUAUUUAUGUAACACUUGAUGUUUAAGGGGAACUUAAACACUGAGGAAAUAAUGAGAUAUAAAUAUGCUUAUUGAUGAGGCAGUCAUGUAUUUUGUGAUUUCAUCCUUGAAUAAAAAAAUACACUGAUGUAAAACCCAA